AUGGCCGCCUACAACCCGAACCCAAACCCAAACCACCGCACUACCCACCCACGCGCCCGCGCCCGCAGCCGCGCCUAUAGCAACAUCUCCGACUCUUCCUUCGCCACGCCCCAACCCCAAUCCCAACCACGCCGUCGCGCCGGCGUCGCCACCCGCGGCGUCCGCAACAUCCGCGCCGAAACCGUCGACAGCGAGUUCGCGCCAUCCAUCAACACACCCACACCCUUGCGCAUAGCCAGCUUGCCCGCGCACUACGCCCUUCCGCCCACCGUCCCCAGCCCAUUCGCCGGCACUUUGGAAGCGAGUCUAGACGCGAUUCUAGAGUUCGGACUGUCGCACGUUGGCUGCACAGGCGUGGUGAAUGCGCUGCUGGAGAAAGUAACGCCGCGGACGAAUUGGCCGUUGUUACUGCGGGACGUGUAUGUCCAACCGGGCGGGCGGGGGAUGCUGGAGGAAGUGCUGUUUCUGGUGACGCGCACGCUGUUGCCGGAGCAGAUUGCCGAGAAUCGCGGGUUGAUGGCGAGGCUGUAUGAGCACAAGAAGCAGUUGGCGAUUAGGCUGGUGUUGAGGUAUGAUAUGGUGAGGGAGUGGAAGGCGGAUGGCGCGAGGGCAUACGAUUACCGUUGCGUCGCUUGGGCCGGAGGGAAGUGCGGGUGGGGAUGGGAUUGA